GCAUGUCUUUUCUUUCCUCUUGGGAAGGGGAAGAGGAAGCCCGCAACAAUGGCGAUGAUGCAGUGGUGCGGCGCGGUGGCGAGACGUGCCAUGGCGGCGCAACGGCCGGCCGUAAUCCUGCCGCCGGUGUCAUCGGUGGUGGCAGCGGCGGGAUCGGCGGGAGCGCCAGUGCUGUGUGGGCGGGGGGACAAGAGGACGAAGAAGGGGAAGAGGUUCAAAGGGUCGUACGGGAACGCGAGGCCGAAGAAGGAGAAGAAGAUAGAGCGCAUCAAGGACAGGGUUGAGGUCCCCAGGUCCACCCCUUGGCCCCUCCCUUUCAAGCUCAUAUGAAUCUCAAAAUUUAAGCCUCGAAGCUUCUUCCUAGCUGCUAGUAGCAUUGCAGAAGUAAGUUAGGGUUUUGCAGAGUUCACAGUGCAAGAUGUGCUUCCUGUUUGUGCAAUAUGUCUGGUUUGGCUGAUGUUCAGUGGUUCAUCUUUUGUAUCACCUGGGCACUAAAUUGCACCCUCAAAUCGAUUACUAAAAAGAACUAGUCGGCAUGAAUCUAAUCGAAAUGAAGUGUUUUCUUUUGAAUAA